UACAGAGCAAUGCUGUGAAGAGCAACUUGAGUUAGUUAAUUUAAUGAGUUGCCACUUACAAAAAUGCCAACCUUAGAUGACAUUUUAGAGCACAUUGGAGAAUUUGACUUGUUCCAGAAGCGCACCUUUUUUAUCUUAUGCCUCCUUUCAGCUGCCUUCCCUCCUAUCUACGUGGGUGUCGUCUUCCUGGGGUUCAUCCCUGAACACCGUUGUCUUAGUCCUGGAGUAGCAGAGCUGAGCAGCAAGUGUGGCUGGAGUUUGGAAGAGGAGCUGAAUCACACUGUUCCUGAGUGGGGAAACCAUGACAAGUCUCUCACUAGUCAGUGCUGGAGAUACAACGUGGACUGGAACAUGACUGGCCUCAGCUGCAUAAACCCAUUGGAGAACUUCACCAGCCAUACCAGCCAGAGUAGGGUUCCCCUCAUGCACUGUGAAGAUGGCUGGGUUUACGAUUCUUCAGGAACAUCUAUUGUGACUGAGUUUAAUUUGGUGUGUGAGGAUUCCUGGAAGCUGGACCUCUUUCAGUCGUGUGUGAAUGCUGGGUUUUUUGUUGGCUCCAUAAGCAUCGGCUACAUAGCAGACAGAUUUGGGCGUAAACUAUGCCUGUUAAUUACAAUCCUCAUAAAUUCCAUUUCUGGCAUUCUCAUGGCCUUUGCACCAAGCUAUACCUGGAUGGUUAUCUUCCGUCUGAUACAAGGACUGGUCAGCAAAGGGGGAUGGUUAACAGGCUACAUCCUGAUUGCAGAAUUUGUUGGCUUAAAAUAUAGGCGGACUGUAGGGAUUGUUUACCAAGCAGCUUUUUCUGUUGGACUCCUUGUACUUGCGGCCGUUGCUUAUGUGAUUCCCCAUUGGAGAUGGCUACAGCUUGCUGUUACGUUGCCAAAUUUCUUCUUCUUGCUCUAUUACUGGUGUCUGCCAGAGUCUCCUAGGUGGCUGAUCGCUCAAAAGAAAAAUGACAAAGCCAUGAAAGUUAUUAAUCGCAUUGCCAAGGGAAACGGGAAGAAACUCCCUUCCUCUUUUCAGAGUCUUAUCCCUCAAGAGGAAGAUGGAGAGAAGCAUAACCCUUCAUUUCUGGACCUGGUCAGGACUCCUCAGAUAAGGAAACACACAUUCAUUCUGAUGUACACGUGGUUCACAAGCUCCGUUUUGUACCAGGGGCUCAUCAUGCACAUGGGAAUAGCUGGUGGGAACAUUUACCUGGAUUUCUUCUAUUCCGCUCUUGUUGAAUUUCCGGCUGCCCUCAUACUCAUCCUUACAGUUGAUCGAAUCGGCCGACGUUAUCCCUGGGCAGUGGCAAACGUGGUGGCAGGAGCUGCCUGUCUGGCUACUGCUUUAAUCCCAGAGGAUCUUUACUGGCUAAAAGCUACUGCAGCUUGCCUGGGCAGAAUGGCAAUUACAAUGUGCUAUGAGAUUAUUUGCCUAGUAAAUCCUGAAUUGUACCCAACAUUUCUCAGGAAUCUGGGAGUACUUGUCUGCUCCUCCAUGUGCGACGUUGGUGGGAUCAUAACGCCAUUCAUCGUGUACAGACUGGCAGAGAUCUGGCAUGAGCUGCCACUUGUGGUUUUUGCUGUGGUUGGCCUAAUUGAUGGUGGAUUGGUGUUGCUCCUACCAGAGACCAAAGGAAAAACUUUGCCCGAGACCAUUGAAGAUGCUGAAAAUAUGCAUAGGCAAGGAAAGAGCAAGGACAAAACCAUUUACCUGCAUGUUGUAACAACAGAGGUUGCACAUAACUGAGAACUGCUGUUCCCAAAACCUGUGUUUGAUGGCAAAUUAGGACAGAGAACCAAGCAUCCAUCUGAUACAAACUCUCUAUUGUCAGAAUUCCUUUUAUUCCCUUCUGAGAAUCCUGGCUAUACAACCUUCAGCCAACGUUUCAUAAAUCUCAGUCUAUGGACCACUGUUACACCCCAGAGCAAUUUCCAUAAUGCAGCUAAUAUUCAACCAAGCACUUCUGGGCCCUUCCUGGCUUCAGGACUUAAUUGUCUAUAGUUCUAAUGAAAUCAAAAUUUGAAGAUGAUGCAAACACUGUAGGGCAACCAGGAAGAUAAAAAGCCAAACUGUGAAUGGACUUGGAGAGGCAAGAGCAGUGUGGAGGGCUGCAGUUCAAUCAGAGUAUCAUUACUGAUCGAUGUAUGGCAACCUCUUCAGAAUACAUGCACACACACCAGCAAGUGUACAGUACUAAGAAGUAGUCCCCAUUGUAUUAAAGCAAGUUCACAUUUA